UGUUCUGCGUGACCAUGUGGGCCUUUCCCUUCGCUCCCUCUUUCUGCACAUGCUUUAAUUUCCCUUUUUCUCCUCUUUCCUUCUGCUUUCAUCUGGAGUCUAGAGGAAAUCAGCCCUUCCCCCAGUGGAAGAACAUUUGAUCUACAUUUACAUUCCUCAUGCUUUAUGUUUUGCAUUGAUUUAUCCAAAAUUGAGUUAACUUUGAAACUUAUGAGAAACUGGGGUGGAAUUAACUCAUUGACUCUUUAAAGGCAGCUGUGGUGUAGUGGACAGAGAGGCUGUGCUCAAGAUGGGCAGCUGAUCCUAUUACAAUAAUCAUCACAUAUGGCCUUGAUCACUUCACUUGCGUCUCAUUUUUAUUCAUCUGGCCUUCACACUUGCAGAAUUUUGACAUGUCUAAGAAAAUAUUUGAUCCCUGAACACCCAAAAGGCAGGAAAAUCUUGUGUCAGGGGUAUUUUUCCCUGCAACAAAAGCAAUUCAGAGUCUACUUUCAUCAUGCAUACUGUAAGAAGCAUCACUCAGAAAAAGAGAGUAAACUUUACCCAGUUGGCAGAUCUGUGCUUUUUCAAACAGCGGCAUGGAACAGGUUUGAACCAAACAAGGAUCAUGUGGAUGAACAGAGGUUUUAUAAGGAACUAAAUACUUUCACUUCAUCUGAACAGGUAUUAAAAUUUGUAAGCACACUGGAAACAUUGUCAGAUACUAUGGCAGCAGCAGCUUUGUAUCGGGUCUCUGAAGUGGAACAGGAAGAAGGUAACCAAAAAAUUUCAAAAACAGUCUUGGAGAAUGAGAUCUUCAGAGCAUUAUGCUUUCAGUUUGAAUAUGAGUCCACAAAUCUUUCAGACACUGGUCUAGUGACUACUUUGCAAGCUUUGACAGGAUUACAUGUGGAUCCCCAGAGUAAUCUACUAGUAAGUCUGGUGACAGAGUGCCAAAAUCGGCUUCAGCAGGGUCAUAUGACAAUUCAUAACCUUUGUAUUCUUGGCAAAUGUGUGAUUAAACUCCAGAACUCAAACUGUGCAAUGCUAAAGGAUAUUAUACUUCAGCUUCAAGGUAAAAAAUUGCAAGAAUAUGCACCUGAGGAGAUAGUAGCAGUUUAUACAUUGCUUCAAGCUGCUGUUGGAGAAGUGGUUCAGCAUCAGGACUUUUUGGAUCAGCUAAACAACCUCUCUAUUUCAUUGGUUUAUAAAUUUAGUCCUAAAAUCACAAGCCAAAUACUGAAUGCUUUGGUGGCUCUCAACCAAACUCGAGCUUUUCCUUUGGUUAUAAAGCUCUGUAUGCAUUCGGUAAGAUUUGUCUCUCAUUUUACCAAUGAAGAGCUAGGAAAAGUCUUAGAUGGUUUUAUGCACUUCGGUUACACUGACAAAUUUUUCAUGCAAGCCCUGGAACAACAUGUUUCCACAUGUUGUCUCACUAUGCAUCCUGAGACCGUCAGCAAAGUCAUGCAGUACUGCAGUAAAAAAUUGAUUCUUUCAAAACCUAUCUUUGAUGCAGUGGCAGAAAGUUUUAUUUACCAAGGUGAAAUAUUCUCCCCUGUCCAGGUUUCUCAGUUGAUUGUACCGUUUGGGAAACUCAAUUACCUGCCCCCAAACGCUCCACUUUUUUUUAGGAAGCUUGAAAAUACAAUAAGAACUCGAUUUAAAUAUUUUCCUCCUCAAGCCCUGUUGAAUCUUCUCCAUUCAUGUACCCUCAUUGGACGCCACCCAGUCAAUUAUGUGGCAAAGUUAUUUAGCCCAUAUUUUCUUCAGAAAUUACAAGCUCAGGAAAUGGAUUUAAAUAAAUCAAGGCAGGCCCAACUGACCCAGCUUUAUUUAACAGUGGUCUUGGAGUGUCCCUUCUAUAAGGGACCUAAACUGCUUCCACAGUAUCAAGUGAAAUCAUUUCUCAUUCCACCUUAUCUGCUGGAGACCCCCAUGGAUCUUCAACUUUAUAAAACUGUUACAGUUGGACUAAUUGACCUUUUGAAAGCAAAAAUAUAUUUUGCUUCAAGAGUCUCAACACCCUGUUGUUACACACUAGAUAUUGAGAUUAAACUAGAUGAAGAAGGAUUUGUAUUACCAUUUACAACUGAUGAAGAUGUAUAUAAAAGAUUAGCACUUUGCAUUGAUGAUCGGAAAAGAUUUUGUUUGGAUAGCCACAACUUACUAGGAAAAGAAGCUAUUAAACAAAGACACCUACAAUUACUUGGUUAUGAAGUUAUACAGAUUCCGUAUCAUGAAGUUGAGAUUCUCCAGUCAAGAUGUGAACUAGUGAAAUAUUUAAAGAAAAAAUUAUUCCCUCACAGCUGUAUAUUUAAUUGAAGACAAGAUUAGAAUAUUGACUUUGUACUUGAAGUGGUAAAAAAGUUUGUAUUCUGGUGGUGGCUGGUAUGAACACAGACACACAUACAAAGCAAUAAACCCUAACAGCUUGUGGAUUUUUCUGAGCCAGUUUGUUAAAAUUUAUAUUUAUCAACAGUUCACUAGGUCCUAAGGAUUCAGGACUUUUCUUUGUUGUCAUAGUGUGCCUUGAAUAGUAUGACUUUGUAAUGUAGCAUUGAGAUCAUGCUAUAUUCAUUUUUUGUACUAUGUUGGCCUGGUUUUUAGAACAAACUAAAGAAGUAUAAUAAAAAUAAUGAUCUUA